UCAGAAAAAGUCGAUAUUUUCCAUCUUGAAUAUGAAUGAAAGUUAGACGCAUUUAUCUAAAACGAUGGAGCACCACGAUUUGCGUGUCGAGUGGAUGCGACAGCGUGUAUCUGCAGCUUUUAACUUGACGGAGCCCGAAUGUUUCGACGAACUUCUCAGUCGGAACCACAGAGCGGAGGAGGAGAAAAUCAUCCGGUACUUGAACGAGCGCUCCCAAGUGGACUCAACAUCGUGCCUUUUGUUUUUUAAAAGUGUCAGAGAGGAGGAAGUGGACGUUGCUGUUGAACACGCGGCGGCCAAGGAUUCCUCAGAACCUGAGAAGAACUUGUUGGAGCUGACUUCACACCAAAGGCCUGACCAGAGCUCCACUCAGGACGGUGAGGUUGGAGUGGUGUAUCACACUGAACUCCAUGUAGCAGUGGACCAAGUUCCUGAAAGGUUCAUGAACUCUAGAACCUUCUAUUUCCUCAGGAACACUAACGAGACCGCUGUGGAACCGCUGGACAUGAUGGAGGCCGGCAGCCUGAUGCCCCGGGUGUUGGAGUUCGGCCUUCUGAGUGGACAUCCUCUGCUGAUGCUUCAGAGGAACCUCUCUCAUGUGUAUGUCCCAUCGCUAACUGUCCGCCAGAUGAAGCGAGCCGGCGCCGGCUGUCAGAAUGUUGCCGAUGUAGAGACGGACGGGUCAGUGAAGGCACUUCGAGAUGAGCUCCUUAACAGCACACACAAGCUUUUGGCUCAAGUGAACACAACUCUGCAGCAACUUCUCAUUCAAGAAGAGAUCAAGCUGGAUAUUCCUGAGCUUGACUUGGAGCCUGAAGUGGACGAUCUGGUCUGCAGCCCUGAGAUGGUGGAGAAGUUGGAGCAAUGUGCGAUGAACUGGCAAACUCAGAUUACCAUUGUCCUGGAGGAGCAGCAUGGCAAAAAGCCAGAGGCUCCAGGACCUUUGGCUGAGCUGGUGUUUUGGCAGCAGCGUGCGUCAAUACUGGGUGCUAUAAGUGAGCAACUCAAGCUCCCUGUGGUGCAGAAGAUCUUGCAGGUGUUGACUCAAGCAGAUGCUGGUGUCCUCGGAACUCUCCUGGAAACAGCUUGUGAGCUGAACAAACACUUCAGAGAGGCAGAUGACAUCGCACGCUUCCUCAGCACACUCGAACGACACUUCAAGAAUUUAGCCACGGCAGCCGACUUCAGUACAAUGCUGGAGACAAUCCCGCCCAUGAUGAACAGCCUUCAGGUGGUGUGGUUGAUCUCGUGCUACAACACUGAUGAUCGAAUGUUUCCUUUGCUGGAGCGAAUUGCUUGGCAGCUGUGUGAGCGGGUCGCACAGGGGAUCGACGUCCACCUGCUUUUCAGGGAAGAGAGACAGGCGGCCAAGUCGAAGGUGAGAGACGCCAAGAAGGUCCUGGACCAGUGGAAGUCAUCUUUCUCCGCAGUGUCUGCUGAAAUAGAAGAAAUAGACCGGAGCCCACGCUGGGAUUUCGACCGCAGGCGGCUGUUUGACAGGACCGAUUACAUGGGCUCCGUCUGUCAGGACCUGCUCCUGGUGUUUCAGGUUUUAGAGGAGUUUUCCAACAUCUUUGGGCCAGUGCUGAAAGAGGUGACUCGGGACCCAAAACGUGUGGAUGAACUGCGUGACACGGUGGAGCAGCUGGUGGGGGCCAUGGAGGGAGUUUCUUUUGAUCCCUUCAACAUGUACAAGAUGAGCAGUUGGAAGAUAAUCAUGCAGGACUUCCACAAAGCCGUCCAGGACAUUGAGGAAGAGGCUAUGAACUUCAUUGACCAGUCCUUCAAGACACUGCGGUCCUCCGCCGCUGCAUUCCACAUGCUGCUGAGAUUCAAGCACAUCCGCUCCAGAGAGCCCAUCAUUUCUCACCUGAUGCGCAGGUUUCACCAGGUUCUGGAGCAGUAUUGCAGAGAGGUGGACGGCAUCAACACGUUGUUUGAGGCAGUGAAAGACAAUCCUCCUUUAAACAAGAACGAGCCUCCGGCCGCAGGAGCCAUUCGCUGGGGACGUUCCCUCUGCUAUGGCAUCAAACGCACCAUGCUCACCUUCCUGACGGAGCCAGAGAUGGAGGAGAGUGACCAAGGCAAAGCUGCCAUGUAUAAAUAUGAAGAAAUGGCAGUGAAGUUGAUGAACUAUGAAGAUAAGAGGUUCAAACAGUGGCUGGCUACUGCUCAGGGACUGUUGCCAUCCCUCAUGAAAAACACUCUGCUACUCAGAGUUGUGCAGGUGAGCUCAGCCCUCACAAGUGGUGAGGUCAGAAGCCUUCGAUAUGUCGUCAACUUUUCCCCAGAAAUCAGGGAAAUCAUUUCCGAGACCAACAACCUCGUGUCACUGGGCUACUCAGUGCCUGAGCUGAUGCAAAACAUCGCCCUGCAGGAGCAUAAACUCCUCAGGAACGUUGAAGGUUUGAAGAAGCUUGUCAACCGCUAUCACACUGUGAUUGACAGCCUGAGUGAGCUGAAGGUUGUCAUGCUCGCCCAGCACAUCCAUGUGGUUCAAGAGAAGCUGGACCUCGGAUGCAAGAGGCUCAACUGGAAUUGUCUAAGUAUCACAGAGUACAUCGAGCAAAGCCAUCAGGUUGUUUCCAAACUGGAGUCGCUUGUCAGUCAGGUCCUCAAAUAUGAGCUGGAUGUUGAGUCUAGAUUAGCAACCAUCGCUAUGGCCAACUUGCUUAAAUAUCCACCCCCAACUCAGCCUACCGGUUUGCCAGGAGUGAAGGAGUGGUGCGAGGAGAUGGAGCGGGGGAGGUUGAGGACAGUCAACAUUCUGGUGAGAAAGUACUCAGAAGUUGGACCUACUCUCACUAAAAUGGAGCACUUGAUGAUGGGAACAAGCAGCGGGAAGUGCAGAGCCAUGGCAGACUAUUAUCUGCUCUGGGAGCACAAGGUGCUGGACGCCUUAACCAAGAUGGUGCUGAGGAAUAUUCAGGCCUUCAACGCAGUGUUGCUGGGAAACAGCCCGCUGUUCAGCGUCGAUGUCGUCCUGUCCGCUCCGAGGAUUGUGUUGCAGCCGUCCAGCAGUGAGAUCAUCCAGCUGAUCCGUCAGUGUGUCAGAGACUGUAUAGAGAGCACCAAGCAAUUUGUCCGCUGGAUGAAUGGCACCUGCGUGGAAUGCCCUCCUCAGCGUGUCAGCGGUGAAGAGCAGCCAGUGACUUUCAGCUUUUACAGCGACAUCUACCAACAUCAGCAGGUCAACGACAGCGCCCUGACCGUAUCCCAGAACCUCCACAGGUUGCUGCUCUCUGUCGACCGCUACCUCAGUCACUGGAAACACUACGGGCCGCUGUGGGAGAGAAACAAAGACGUCGUCAUGGAGAAGUUUGCGGCGAGAAAACCCUCCUGCGUCAUGUUCGACGACAAACUGCAGUUUCUCGCUCACAAGAAGCUGGAGGUGAUGGAGGAGCCGCUGCACAGGAGCGAGCAUGGCAUUCAUCUGAACCUGGAGCCACUUGCGCGCACGGUGCAGGAGAUGGCCGAGUCCUGGAUUUGCUCUUUGGGUCUGCUGCUCAACAGAUCUGCCAAGGAUGAUCUCUUCAACUUGAGGGCGGAACUCAUGCAACUUUCAGAGAACCUGCAGCAGCGUCCCGAUACUUUUGACAGCCUGAAAAGUGUCCUUGGAACCAUCUCGCAUGUCCGGGACAUGUCCCUGGCUGUUGAGGCCAGUUUCCACGACAUCCAGGAGCGAUAUCGAACCUUGGCCAUGUAUAACGUCCAGCUUGAUAAAGAAGAACUGCAGUUAUUAGGUAGCACCAGCCAGGUUUGGAACCACCUGGGUGCCGAGUCCAGACGAGUGGAUCACAGUCUGACAGACGUGAAGAAAUCGUUUUCAAAGACUACGGGUGAGAAGAUCGAGGAAUUCAAGGAGGACUUGUUGAUUUUCACCGAGAGUUUUAACAUGCAUGGGCCCGGUGCUGUGGGAGACGAUUUAGAGAAAGGUACUCGGGCCACUAGCAAUGAGGCUGAGCCAGCCGUCAUUGGACGUGUCUCCUCUUUAGGUCUGAACAUCCUGGAGACAUACGAGAGCGAUCUUGCCAAGAUUGUAGCCAGCCGAGAGGAACUGGCGUAUGCCGAGAGGCUGCUGGACCUGCCGGUCACUGUCUACCCCGAGGUUGAGAACAUGCAGAAGGAUAUGAAGGGUUUAAGACAGAUUUAUGACCUCUACAAGACCCAGCAGGCUGCAAAGGCAGAGUGGUCUCAGUCUCUUUGGGUGGACUUGGAUAUCCAGUUGCUCCAGGAGGGAGUCGAGGGUUUCAUGAAGAGGCUGAGGCAGCUGCCGAAAGAUGUGCGGACGCUUCCUGUUGCUCUGUUCCUCGAAGGCCGAAUGAAAGAGUUCCGAGAGUCUCUUCCUCUUCUUCUGGAUCUGAAGAACGAAGCUCUGAGAGACAGACACUGGAAAGACUUGAUGGAAAGAACUGAAAGCAGUUUUGAGAUGAACCCUGAUGUCUUCACGCUGGAGAACAUGUUUGCCAUGGAGCUUCAUAAACAUGCAAACGUUAUUGGUGACAUUGUUACGUCCGCCGUCAAAGAGCGCGCUGUUGAAAAGGGUGUGACGGAAGUGGUGGACACGUGGGAGAAGAUGAAGUUCAACGUUCAGCCCUAUUUCAAAGGCACGCAGCAGCGCUCCUUCAUCUUGGGUUCGGUGGACGAGAUCCUGCAGAGUGUGGACAAUGAUGCCAUGAACUUACAGAGCAUGGCAGGCAGCAGAUUUGUUGGACCGUUCUUGGACACCAUCCAACACUGGGAGAAAAACUUGUCCCUUAUCAGCGAGACUAUCGAGGUUUGGUUGCUGGUGCAGCGGAAGUGGAUGUACUUGGAAAGCAUUUUCAUUGGUGGAGACAUUCGCUCGCAGUUGCCAGAGGAGGCCAAUACAUUUGAUAAGAUCGACAAGCAAUUUAAAGAGAUAAUGAGCAGCACACUGAACGGUCCCAACAUCAAGAGCUGUUGCCUGCGGCCCAACCGACUGGCAGAGCUGCAGGACUUGAGCGAUGGCCUGGAACGGAGCCAGAAGAGUCUGAAUGACUACUUGGAUUCCAAACGGAACGCUUUUCCUCGCUUCUUCUUCAUCUCUGACGACGAGCUGCUCAGUAUUUUGGGCAGUAGCGAUCACACGUGCGUGCAGGAGCACAUGAUUAAGAUGUACGACAACAUUGCGUCGCUGCAAUUCCACGUGGAGAGCAGUGGGAGGACAGCUGUGCGAGCCAUGGUGUCGGCAGAAGGUGAGGUGAUGGAGCUGAAGAAGACCAUCCAGGUUGCUGGGAGAGUUGAAGAAUGGAUGACAGAAGUUCUGUUCGAGAUGAGGAGGACGAAUAGACUCAUUACCAAAGAAGCCAUCUUCCAUUACUGUGAGGACAGAAGCAGAGUGGAGUGGAUGAUGCUCUAUCAGGGGAUGGUGGUGCUGGCUGCAAAUCAAGUCUGGUGGACGUGGGAGGUGGAAGAUGUCUUCAAGAAGAUGCAGAGAGGAGAGAAACAGGCUUUAAAGGGUUUUGCCACAAAGAUGCACCGACAAAUUGACCAGCUGGUGACAAGGAUUACACAACCAAUGACGAAGAACGACCGAAAGAAGAUCAACACAGUCCUCAUCAUCGACGUCCACGCUCGGGACAUCGUGGACAGCUUUGUGCUAAACAGCAUCACAGAUGCACGAGAGUUUGAGUGGGAAAGCCAGCUGAGGUUCUACUGGCUCCGAGAACAUGACGACUUAUUUGUGCACCAGUGCAGUGCAACCUUCUCUUACGGUUACGAGUACAUGGGACUGAACGGCCGAUUGGUCAUAACCCCUCUGACAGACCGGAUCUACCUCACCCUCACACAGGCCCUGUCCAUGCACCUGGGAGGAGCUCCUGCUGGACCAGCUGGGACAGGAAAAACCGAAUCCACCAAAGACUUGGCCAAAGCUUUAGGUCUUCUGUGUUUGGUGACAAACUGUGGAGAAGGCAUGGACUACAUGGCUGUGGCGAAGAUCUUGGCGGGUCUUGCCCAGUGUGGCGCCUGGGGCUGCUUCGAUGAAUUCAACCGCAUCGACGCGUCUGUGCUCUCGGUCAUCUCCUCCCAGAUACAGACCAUCCGCAACGCUCUGAUUCUUCGCCUUAAGACCUUUAAUUUUGAAGGUAACGAGAUCAGCCUGGACAACAGAAUGGGAAUCUUCAUCACCAUGAAUCCGGGCUAUGCUGGACGCACAGAGCUCCCAGAGUCCAUCAAGUCUCUCUUCAGACCUGUUGUUGUUAUCGUGCCUGACCUGCAGCAGAUCUGCGAGAUUAUGCUCUUUUCUGAGGGCUUCCUGAUGGCCAAGGUGCUUGCUAAAAAGAUGACAGUCCUCUACAAACUGGCCAGAGAGCAGCUGUCCAAACAGUGGCAUUAUGACUUUGGUCUGCGAGCCCUGAAGGCUGUACUGGUGAUGGCAGGAGAGCUCAAGAGGGGAUGGCCGGACCUCAGCGAGGACGUGGUGUUGAUGAGGGCUCUCCGAGACAUGAACCUGCCCAAGUUCGUCUUUGAGGACGUGCCGCUUUUCCUCGGGCUGAUCUCAGAUCUGUUCCCUGGACUGGACUGUCCUCGUGUUCACUACCAGGACUUCACCGGCGCUGUGGAACAAAUCCUGGCCCAACUGGAGUUCGUUCUCUUACCCCAGCAGGUGGAUAAAGUGGUGCAGAUGUAUGAGACCAUGAUGACACGACACACCACCAUGGUGGUGGGACCGACUGGUGGGGGGAAGUCUGUUGUGAUCAACACGCUAUGUCAGGCUCAGACCAGAUUGGGGGUUCCCACAAAGCUGUAUCCCCUGAACCCCAAAGCAGUCAGUGUGCUUGAACUCUACGGCGUCCUGGACCCCGACACACGGGACUGGAGCGAUGGGAUUCUUUCUAACAUCUUCCGUGACAUCAACAAGCCUAGCGACAAGAAGGAGCGCAGGUACAUCCUGUUUGAUGGGGACGUUGAUGCUCUGUGGGUUGAGAACAUGAACUCGGUGAUGGAUGACAACAAGCUUCUCACGCUGGCUAACGGUGAACGAAUCAGGUUACAGAACCACUGUGCUCUGCUGUUUGAGGUUGGAGAUCUGCAGUAUGCAUCGCCGGCCACCGUGUCCCGCUGCGGGAUGGUGUUUGUUGACCCAAAAAACCUGAGAUACAUUCCUUACUGGCAGAGAUGGUUGCACCGCAGGCCUGCCCGGGAUCAAAAACUAUUGAACCUUUUAUUUGACAAAUACGUCCACACCUCCAUUGAUAUGAUCCUGGAAGGUAUGGUGGACAACAAACAAGGACCAAAGCUGAAGACUGUUGUGCCUCAGACAGAUUUGAAUAUGGUGACCCAGUUAUGCCUGACUCUGGACGCUCUGCUCGGCACUGGCAGCUACGGCGCUGAUGUCCUUGAGUGUUUUUUUCUGGAAGCAUUGUACUGCUCACUGGGAGCCACGUUGCUGGACGACAGCCGGGUCAAGUUCGACGUGCUGGUGAAAAAACUUUCGUGCCUAAAAACGGUGUAUGAUGAGAGCGCACUGGCAGCGCCGGGGGAGAUCCCAGGAUACCGCCCGACACUCUAUGAUUUCCACUUUGAUGGAGCACAGGAGAAGUGGGUCCCGUGGGAUCGUCUGGUCCCCAAAUAUAUCCACAACCCUGAUGGGAAGUUUGCUGAUAUUUUAGUGCCGACUGUAGAUACGACGCGGGCCAGUUGGAUCCUUGAGCAGAUGGUUAAGGUGAAGGGGUCAGUCCUGUUGGUGGGAGAGUCUGGGACCUCAAAGACUGCCACCAUCCAUAACUUCCUCAAGAACCAAAGUGCAGAAACUAUUAUUACCUUGACCAUCAACUUCUCGUCCAGGACGACUUCCCUGGACCUGCAAAGAAACCUAGAAGCCAAUGUGGAGAAGAGGACCAAAGAGACUUAUGGUCCUCCGAUGGGCAGAAGGCUCCUGGUGUUUAUGGAUGACCUGAAUAUGCCGAAGGUGGAUGCAUAUGGCACGCAGCAGCCCAUCGCACUUCUCAAGCUGCUCUUGGACAAGGGAGGCAUAUAUGACAGAGGAAAGGAGCUGAACUGCAAAACCCUGAAAGACCUGGGCUUCAUUGCUGCCAUGGGCAAGGCUGGAGGUGGAAGGAACAAAGUCGACCCACGCUUUAUCUCGCUCUUCAGCGUCUUCAAUAUUCCCUUUCCCACACAAGAGUCUCUCCACCACAUAUACGCCUCCAUCAUUAGAGGUCACACCAAGCCAUUCGAAGAGGCUGUCCGGACGGUUUGUGACACCGUCACCUCCUGCACCAUUGAACUCUACAACAAGAUCGUCAAGGACUUGCCCCCGACUCCGUCCAAGUUCCACUACAUAUUCAACCUGAGGGACUUGUCGCGGGUCUACAACGGACUGGCCCUCACAGAGCCCGACAGGUUUGUGACCGCGCUUCAGUUCGUACGAGUUUGGAGAAAUGAGUGUCUGAGGAUUUUCCACGACAGACUGAUCAAUGACGAAGACAAGAACUCGGUGCAGGAGUAUAUCAGGACCCUUAUAGAGCGGCAUUUUAGGUCCGACGUGCAGGCCAUCAUGAGGGACCCGAUUCUGUUUGGAGACUUUGGCACAGCACUCACAGAGUCUGAGCCGAGGGUGUACGAGGAGCUGCAGGACUACGAGGCUUUAAAAGCUCUGUUCCAGGAGAUCUUAGAAGAAUACAACGAAAACAGGUCGCGGAUGAACUUGGUGCUGUUUGACGAUGCGCUUGAACAUCUGACUCGUGUGCACCGCAUCAUCCGCAUUGACCGGGGUCACGCUCUUCUGGUGGGCGUCGCGGGCUCUGGGAAGCAGUCACUUACCAAACUGGCUGCUUUCACUGCUGGCUGCGAGACGUUUGAAAUAGCACUCAGCAGAGGCUACAAUGAGACGAGCUUCAGAGAGGACGUCAAGACACUUUACACAAAGCUUGGGAUUGACAACAAGAAGACCAUCUUUCUGGUCACGGAUGCUCACAUUGUUGAGGAGGGCUUCCUGGAGCUCAUCAAUAAUAUGCUGACUUCAGGAGUCGUCCCUGCCCUGUUUCCUGAGGAUGAGCGAGAUGCUCUCAUCAAUCUGCUUCGAGAUGAAGCUCUAAAGAAUGGAACAGCACCAUCUAAAGACGGCGUCUGGCAACAUUUUGUCAAGAAAUGUUCCAAUAAUCUUCAUAUUGUCUUGGCACUGUCUCCAGUUGGAGAAACUUUAAGGACACGAUGCCGCAACUUUCCAGGCUUGCUGAACAACACGGUCAUCAACUGGUUCCAGCCGUGGCCUCCGCAGGCUCUGCUGGAAGUGGCUCAAUCUUUCCUCGGUGAAAACCCGAUGAUUCCUGAAGAACAUUCCGAGUCAGUCAUCGCACACGUCUGCAAGGUCCAUGAGUCCGUAGGUGAUUACAGCAAGUUGUUCCAGCAGAAACUGAGGCGUUGUAACUUUGUUACCCCAAAAAACUACUUGGACUUCAUACACACAUAUUCCAAACUGCUGGAGGAGAAGGACCGUGAUAUUUUGGCUCAAUGCAAGCAUCUUGAAGGAGGCUUGGACAAACUGAAGGAAGCCAGUGAGCAGCUGGCUGAGCUGAAUGUCAAGCUGGCAGAGCAGAAGGUGGUGCUUGCAGAGAGGUCCACGGCUUGUGAAGCUCUGCUAGAAGAGAUCACCAAAAACACCAGCGUCGCCGAAGAGAAAAAGACCCUAGCUGAGGAAAAGGCCGCAGAGAUCAAUGAGCAGACCAAAGUGAUCGCAGUUGAGAAAGCGGAGGCUGAAAGUUCCCUCGCUGAUGCUCUUCCUGCUCUGGAGGCUGCUCGUAAUGCUCUGCAGGACCUGGAGAAGUCCGAUGUGACAGAAAUAAGGUCGUUUGCCAAGCCUCCCAAGCAGGUCCAGGUUGUGUGUGAGUGCAUCCUGGUGCUGAGGGGCUACAAGGAGAUCAACUGGCAGUCUGCCAAGGGCAUGAUGUCGGAAGCUCAUUUUCUCCGUUCUCUGAUGGAGAUAGACUGUGAUUCCAUUAACAACCACCAGGUCCGGACUGUCAAAGGCUUCCUCAAGACCCUUCAGACUUCCUUCGAGGAGAUGCGUGGAAUCAGCAGAGCAGGCUCGGGGAUGUUCAAGUUCGUCGAGGCCAUUAUGGGAUAUUGUGAUGUUGCACGAGAGAUAAAACCAAAACGAGACAAAGUGGCACGGUUGGAGAAGAACUUCUUUCAGAGUAAACAGGAGCUGGAACACAUUGAGGGCGAGCUUUGCGACAUCCAGAGAGAGCUCAAGGCUCUCGGUGAGAAGUAUCAAUCUGCUAUCGAGGGAAAACAGCUGUUGCAAGAGGAGGCCGAGCUCAUGGAGAAGAGACUGGUCGCUGCAGACAAACUCAUUAGCGGUCUGGACUCUGAGAACGUGAGAUGGUCGGAGGACUUGCAGGACUUGAAGGAGCGGCGCGUGCGACUCCUGGGUGACUGCUUACUCUCGUCAGCCUUUCUGAGCUACGAAGGAGCGUUCAGCUGGGACUUCAGGAACGAGAUGCUCUAUGGUGUGUGGGUGCAAGAUGUGCAGCAGCGAGGAAUCCCGCUCAGUCGACCUUUCAAAGUUGAACAUUUGCUCACAGAUGAGGUAGAAGUCAGCAGAUGGGGGUCCGAAGGUUUGCCUCCGGAUGAGCUGUCGGUGCAGAAUGGCAUCCUCACCACGAGGGGGAGCCGUUUCCCCUUGUGCAUUGACCCCCAGCAGCAGGCGCUGAACUGGAUUAAGAAGAAAGAGGAAAAUAAUCACCUAAAGAUUUCUUCUUUCAAUGAUCCAGACUUCCUGCAACAACUGGAGAUGGCUGUGAAAUACGGAUAUCCAUUCCUUUUCCAAGAUGUGGAUGAGUACAUCGACCCUGUCAUUGACAACGUUCUGGAAAAGAAUGUGAAGGGAUCAGAGGGAAGGCAAGUGGUCACACUGGGAGACAAGGAGGUGGACUAUGAUCCGAACUUUAGGCUCUACCUCAACACCAAACUGGCCAACCCUAAAUACUCCCCGUCUGUGUUCGGAAAAGCCAUGGUCAUUAACUACACUGUGACCCCCAGGGGCCUGGAGGACCAGUUGCUCAGUGUGAUCAUGGGCUUUGAAAAAAGGGAAUUAGAGGAACAGCGAGGAAAUUUAAUCCAGGAGACAAGCCACAAUAAGAAGCUGCUGAAGAACCUCGGGGACUCUCUGCUCAGGGAACUGGCCACAUCCACAGGCAACAUGUUGGACAACAAAGAGCUAGUCCACACUCUUGAGGAGACCAAGGCCAAAGCUAGUGAGGUGUUUGAGAAGCUCAAGCUGGCUGAGGAAACGUCUGCCGACAUCGAUAAACUCAGAGAUGGCUACAGAGCUGCCGCAAAACGGGGAGCCAUCUUGUUCUUUGUGCUGACGGAAAUGGCUCUGGUGAACAGCAUGUACCAGUACUCACUCACUUCCUACCUGGAGGUGUUUGACUUCUCCCUGCGUAAGUCUCUGCCGGACCCUGUCUUGUCUCGAAGACUGAGGAACGUCGUGGACGCUUUAACGUACAAUAUCUACAACUACGGCUGCACAGGUCUGUUUGAGAAACACAAGCUGCUCUUUGCCUUCACCAUGACGCUUAAGAUCGAGCAGGCAGAGGGUCGAGCACCGCAGGAGGAGCUGGAGUUCUUCAUCAAAGGUCAUCUGUCCCUGGAGAAGGGCAAACGCAAAAAGCCCAGCGACUGGUUGCCAGAUCAGGGUUGGGAAGACGCGUUAAAGCUUGCAGAGUUGUUUCCUGAGCAAUUCUGCUCUUUGCCUGGCGAUGUGGAGGAAGCUGCAGCUGCUUGGAAGCAGUGGUAUGACUUGGACGCACCAGAACAAGCACCCUUGCCCAUGAACUACGAGGAGAGCCUGUCAGCUUUCCAGAAGCUUCUCCUCCUUCGAUGUUUCCGUGUGGACCGAGUCUACAGAGCCGUGUCGGACUACAUCACUGUCACCAUGGGCGAGAGAUUCGUGCAGCCUCCCGUCAUCAGCUAUGAAGCAAUUCUGGAUCAGAGCACGCCUUGUUCACCCAUCGUCUUCAUCCUGAGUGCGGGCUCUGAUCCAGCUGGUGAGCUCAUGAACCUGGCCGAGAGGUCGGGAUUUGAAGGCAACAAGUUCAAGGUCCUGUCGAUGGGUCAGGGACAAGAGAAGGUUGCCCUGCAGCUACUGGAAAUGGCCGUCACUCGGGGGCAGUGGUUGAUGCUCCAAAACUGCCACCUGUUGGUUAAAUGGCUAAAAGAUCUGGAGAAGACCCUGGAGAGGAUCACGAAGGCCCAGCCCAACUUCCGCCUGUGGCUGACCACCAAUCCAGUCAAAGACUUCCCUGUUGGCAUCCUGCAAAAGUCCCUGAAGGUUGUGACUGAGCCUCCAAACGGACUCAAGCUGAACAUGAGAGCCACCUAUUCUAAAAUCUCCCGCGAGACCUUGUCUGCCUGCCCUCAUCCAGCGUUCCGCAGCCUCGUGUACGUCUUGACCUUCUUCCACGCGGUGGUGCAGGAGAGGCGGAAGUAUGGCAAAAUGGGUUGGAAUGUUCCGUACGACUUCAAUGAGUCAGACUUUUUCGUGUGUAUGGAAAUCCUGAAGACCGCCCUGACCCGCGCUCACAAGCAGGCCGACAGCAACAUACCGUGGGGUAGUUUAAAAUACCUCAUUGGCGAGGUGAUGUACGGAGGGCGAGCCAUUGACGCCUUCGACCGGCGGAUCCUGACCACCUACAUGGAUGAAUACCUCGGAGACUUCCUCUUCUAUAGCUUUCGCCGUUUUCACUUCUUCAGUGAAAAAGAUGUGGACUAUAAGAUUCCUCCUCCUGGACCCAAACAAGUAUAUGUUGAUGAGAUUGAGAGUCUGCCACUGGCCGAUAGUCCCGAGGUGAUGGGUCUUCACUCCAAUGCAGAGAUAGGAUACUACACACUGGCGGCUAAAGACAUGUGGAGACACCUGAUCGACCUGCAGCCUCAGACGAGUGAAUCUGGAAGAAGCCUCAGUCGGGAUGAGUACAUCAGUCAGGUGACCCAGGACAUUCAGAACAAGCUGCCCAAGCUCUUCCACUUGGACGUGAUUCGGAACAAAAUUGGAGCCGACAUCUCGCCAACAUCUGUGGUGCUUCUUCAAGAACUGGAACGUUUCAACAAACUGCUCGAGCGCAUGAAACGCUCCCUGUCAGAGCUGCAGCGGGCUCUCCUUGGCGAGGUGGGCAUGAGCACUGAACUAGAUGAGCUUUCUCGGGCUCUGUUCAACGGGCACAUCCCGGCCAUUUGGAGGAAACUGGCACCCGAUACUCUGAAGUCUCUUGGCAGCUGGAUGAGUCAUUUCAACCGCCGUUACGAGCUGUACGAGUCCUGGGUAGAUAAUGGUGAGCCAAAGGUCAUGUGGCUCUCAGGACUACAUAUUCCAGAGUCCUACCUGACAGCUCUGCUACAAGCAGCAUGUCGGAAGAACGGUUGGCCUCUGGACCUCUCCACGCUCUACACACAGGUGACCCGCUACCGAAGCGAGGAGGAAAUCAGCCAGAAACCUGGGCAAGGCUGCUUCAUUUCCGGGAUGUACCUGGAGGGGGCAGACUGGGACAUGGAGAAAGGCUGUCUGGUGAGGUGUAAACCCAAAGUUCUGGUCUCAGAGCUGCCCAUUCUUAAAGUGGUACCGACUGAAAGCCAUCGGCUGAAGUUGCAGAACACACUGAGGACGCCGGUCUACACCACGUCUCUGCGGAGGAAUGCGAUGGGAGUGGGACUGGUUUUUGAAGCAGACUUGUUCACCACUGAGCACAUCUCUCACUGGGUCCUGCAGGGCGUCUGUUUGUGUCUCAACACUGACUAAAUUCAAGUGUCAUUGAAGAUGUAACACAAUCAUAAAUACAGCCACACAGGUGGAGGACUAUUUCCAUGUCACUCACUUCUCACUAGAGGGCAGUGCGUCACACCGGACCUGGUUAUUGACGAAGGUUCACCUGGAGUCUCUUUUUGACACGCAGUAUUUUGAGGCCUGAAUGACAAUCUGAGUGACACAAACUUAACACAUCUGAUGCCAUCAACUCUCUUCGCUGUCUGGGGCACCUUCAUCAGCAUCGCCUUGCUUGUGUAAAGGUCUACAGACAAUACUGGUGAGGCUGGCUGUGACCUCAAUACUAUUUGGCUUGAGGAGAAUGAAGAGAGCCGAGAGAAUAUGUUUCAUCACUGCAAGUUGGGUGACAUUCUUACUCACAAGCCUCUUGCGAGGAAACAUUCGAUCAAACGGGUCCUGAUCCUGACGGCAAUGAGACUCUGGCUAAAGGUGCUCUCCGUCUCCCCGCCAAACAAUGCAGCUUUGACAAGUCUGUGUGCGCUGCAGUUUCCUCUCCUCAGAUGAGAUAAAAGUCAGACUUCAUCCCCUCUCCUCUACUCUCAAGAUGGUCAAUAACCAUCAUCAAGUCGACGCCCCAAAUGAAGUAGCUGGUUCAGUCCAAGAGUGUAGAAAACAAGAGGACUGGGAGUGAGGUGGCAUUGACAGAUGCUUCGUUCAAUUUCUUGAGGUCAUAUUUGUGUUCUGCUGUAUCUGAUUUACGGUGGUCCACGUUUCAUGACAAUCUCGGUGACCCUCCACCCUCCUCGUGUUUGUGGUGAUGGAGAGCAGGUGAGGUCACUCCAGUGCAAGGUCCUCUCUGUUGAAAGUGCCCGUCAGUAACUGUCAACAUAAAACAUGAUGACUGAGCCAAUGACAACCUUCAUCUGACAGUGUCCUGCAGCAUCUGUGCAGUUGGGAGCCAAAGUCACUCCCGAAAAUUAAAAUAGGAGGCUGGUGUCCUUUAGUACUUUUAGGCCUGGAACAGGGGACAUUAGAGGCACUGAAUAGAGGCACGAUAAAGGUUCAUCUCACAACCACUGAUUCCUUUUUCCAUUUUUCUGUGUGCCCUCUGAAGGUCUUCAGAGGGGUUGAAAUAAUUCAUCCACAACUUCCUGCUAAAUGCACUGGGAU